CGCCGAUCCCUUCUCAUUCGUCCCUCGUGAAAGUUGUACUGCAUACACCCGUACUGGGAGUUGACUCGCUUUUUGCCUGCCCCUCGCUUGUCAUUCCCCUUUCGAGGUUCUGUGGCUGCCAACACCUCGGCCCAGCGCUGCCCCAGACACCGAGACGCCGUUUGAGCCUGAUCUAACUGUGCCCUUUUCUAGACUUCACCUCUCUUCGACAUUCCAUUCAUCUCUUCUUCUUAUAUACAUCCUUCAAAGCGUGGAUUUUGUGUGUUACUCUCGUGUCACUCCGCACUCACCGCCAAAAUGCCCAUCCACGCCCGCUGGACGAUCCCCAUCCCUGUGUGCUCCCUCCAAACCUUCCUCUUCAAUCCUUCAAUCGGUCUCUCGCCCGAUAAACCCGCCUUCUACGAUGCCGACCGCCCAGACACGCACUUCCUUACUCGCGAGACCGUCCGAUUGUGGUCUCUGCGCUUCGCCGCCGGGCUGCGGAAAGCAGGGCUGCAGCCUGGGGAUCGCGUCCUGCUGUUCUCGGGGAACAGUUUGUUUUGCCCGAUUGUGUUGUUGGGGAUUGUGAUGGCGGGUGGGAUCUUCACGGGUGCAAAUCCCGGGUUUGUGGCCAGGGAGUUGGCGUAUCAGUUGAAGGACUCAGAUGCUAAGUUUUUGAUAUGUGCUGAUGGGAGUUUGGAGCUUGGCAUCGAAGCUGCUGAAAGUAUCGGGUGGUCGAAGGAGAGAAUUUUCAGAUUUGAUGAUGAACUUUUCGAAGGUACUGGAGGGCCAAGACUGGGGACUAGACAUUGGGCUACUUUGAUCGAGAGUGAAGAGGUGGGGAGGAAGUUCAAGUGGUAUGAGCCAGCAGACCCGAAAGAUACGACUUGUUGCUUGAAUUACAGCUCUGGGACGACAGGAGUGCCCAAAGGAGUGAUGAUUACGCACUACGCUUAUGUGGCGAAUGCAAUCCAGUUUGCGCAUCUGUCGAGCUUGCAUCCAGACCAUGAGCACCGGACGAAGACUUCGAAAUGGCUCUGUUUCCUCCCCUUCUACCAUGCUAUGGCGCAGACGAUCUUCAUUGCUGGUGGCCUAGCACGCGGUAUUCCCGUGUACAUCAUGAAGAAAUUCGACUUUGUCCAGAUGCUCGAAAAUGUGCAGAAAUACCGCAUCUCCACCUUGACCAUGGUUCCACCAAUCGUUGUGGCUCUCGCCAAAUCCCCCCUAACGAAAAAGUACGAUCUCAGCAGCAUCCGCGACAUCGGGUCCGGCGCUGCACCGCUGAGUGGCGAAGUAAUCGAAGAAUGCGAGGCUCUCUGGCCCUCGAGAGACAGGAGAUUAGUGCAAGGCUGGGGAAUGACGGAAGCUACGUGCUCGCUGCUUGGCUGGGACCUGACGAGCGAGAUUGAUCCGAAUUCAGUCGGCGAGUUGAAUGCAAAUUGUAGCGCGAAGAUUAUGGAUGCGGAGGGGAAGAAGGAGGUGCCUGUUGGUGAGAGGGGGGAGAUUUGGGUGCAGGCUCCGAACCUCAUGAAAGGCUACUGGCGCAACGCCCCCGCCACAAACGAAAUCUUUGUUGAACAAUCCGACGGCCGCUGGAUGCGCACAGGAGACAUCGCCUACGUCAACGAAAAAGGCUACUUCUUCAUUGUCGACAGGAUGAAAGAGCUUAUCAAGGUUAAGGGGAACCAAGUUGCGCCGGCGGAGCUGGAAGCGCUGUUGCUGGAGCAUCCGGCUGUGCAGGAUGCAUGUGUGGUUGGUGUCGUGAUUAAGGGCGAAGAGGUGCCGAGGGCGUAUGUUGUGCCCCAGCAGGGGAAGGGAAGUGGAGACUUAGAGGGGGAGAUUCAGAAGUGGUUUAGGGAGAGGACGAGUAGGUAUAAAUGGUUGGUUGGGGGCAUGGGUUUUGUUGAGGCUAUUCCGAAAAACCCAUCGGGUAAAAUCCUGCGGAAAAUCAUGAGAGAAAAGGCGAAGGCGGAAGUUGGGGAUAAAGAUCCUGUGCAGGCGAAGUUGUAGAUGUUUAGAACGGCCGUAUAAGUUGAUAUCAUAUCUCAGGAAAGAUGUGAAAUGAUUACGAAUUCAACUGUUCGGUGGCAUUCAGCUUUUCUGUCAGCUUACACCUUUAUCGUCAUUCCUCUCGAAGUCCUCCAACCUCACCACGACAGCGUAUUUCAGCACGCGAGCUUGCCCCACCUUGUAAUCGAUAAUUGUCAUCUAAUUUCCAAGUCCGUUUAGUUGGGGAGGACGCAGAUAUCGUUCCCGAUUUGAUUUUCUCCAACCGGAUAUUUGGUAUUCGACGGAAAUAGCUUUGAGUUUAAAUUCCUUCUAGCAAGGAGUUGUGUAGGGCUGUUGUUAGCUCCAGCGCAGUUCGGCACCACUGCAUCAGCUUACUCUUUAUUUUUCUCUUCUAUGGAAUCGAAUCACUUAGAUUAGAGGGUGUCCGAUAUAACUUGACGUUUCUAUAUAUG